AUGGCGCUGGUGGGUAAACGUGGACCUGUAUUUCUUCGACCGGAAUUCAUAAGAUGUUUAUCACUGAGCACACCAAAAUGGACAGACCCCCCAGCUGUUACCACCAGACCCCCUAAGACGGCUAUUAUGAUGCUUAACAUGGGCGGCCCAGAAACUGUCUCUGAAGUGUAUGAUUUUCUACACAGACUCUUCUCAGACCGUGAUAUCAUUCCACUUCCAUUCCAAAGUAAGUUAGCGCCAUGGAUUGCUAAGCGCAGAACACCUAAGAUAAUAGAACAAUACAAAAGAAUAGGAGGCGGCUCACCUAUCAAGAAAUGGACGCAUAAACAAGGAGAGUCUCUGGUGAAGCUAUUGGAUGAAAUGUCGCCAUAUACUGCACCGCAUAAAUAUUACAUAGGAUUCCGAUAUGUCAAUCCACUCACAGAAGACACUAUAGAACAAAUACAACGAGAUGGUAUAGAGAGAGUAGUUGCAUUUACUCAGUACCCACAAUACAGCUGUUCUACCACAGGAAGUAGUUUGAAUGCCAUAUAUAGAUAUUGCAAAUCUAAAAGCCAAUCAGAUUCCAGCAGACUACAAUGGAGUGUCAUUGAUAGAUGGCCGACACAUCCAGGCUUUAUUGAGGUAUGUCUCCUGUAUGUAAAUGAUGAAAUUGAGAAAUUCCCUGAUAAUGUCAAAGAUGAUGUGGUCUUAUUAUUUUCAGCUCACUCACUGCCUAUGACUGUUGUGAAUAGAGGCGAUCCAUACCCACAGGAAGUGGCAGCAACUGUACACAGAGUCAUGGAAUCAUUGAAUUUCUCACAUCCUUAUAGACUAGUAUGGCAGUCAAAGGUAGGACCACAACCGUGGUUAGGACCACAGACAGAUGAAGCUAUUAAAGGUUAUUGUAAAAGAGGACAACGUAAUCUGUUGCUGAUACCGAUAGCGUUUGUCAAUGACCACAUAGAGACACUACAUGAACUGGAUAUUGAGUACGCCGGUCAUCUCGCCGCCAAGUGUGGAGUGGAGAACAUUAGAAGAUCUGCCGCUCUUAAUGACCAUCCAAUAUUCAUACAAGCGCUUGCUGACAUUGUCAAAUCUCAUCUGGAUACUAACCAGCCAUGUUCAAGACAGUUACCGUUACGGUGUCCAGGAUGUAGGAAUCCAAGAUGUGCACUUACCAAGGAAUUCUUUCUGAAUAGAGGAUUUAUUGACACUAAAUAG